CUUGUGAAUGUUAUAAUUUUUAAUAUCAUUUCUACGUUUACUUUUUCAAUUUGUAAUAAGAAAGAAAGUUAUCGUAAUAAAUGUAAAAGUCGAAGUUUUAAAAGAGGUAAAACCUGUACUUAUCUAACCCUACCCAAGGUUGAUAACAGUAAGUUAAAGAUUCAAACACGCAAGCGCAAUUUACAACAACUUGCUCAGACGAAUCAUCAUCAUCUUCAUCAUCAGUCAUAUUGUAUUAACGUUCAAAGAUUUUUUUUUAUCUGUGGCGCAUUGAUGUACGGUAGUGGAAUACUUUUUCGUGGUAUUAUACCAUUGACAAGAGGAAAAAUAAUAAUUAAUGAAAAUAUAACGAUAAGACCAUUACCUUGUCCCUGUUAUUAUUUAUUUUUCGAUCCACAAAUUAGUCCAGUUUACGAGAUUGUUUAUUUUCUUCAAUGUUUGUCCGGUAUCAUAACGUAUUCCAUCACGACUGCUGUUUGUGGAUUAGCAGCACUCUUCGUACUUCAUAUUUGUGGACAACUUGAGAUUUUGACAAUGUUGAUGAAGAGAAUGGUAGAAAAAACUGAUGUACCAGGUGUUAACAUCGAUGCAAAGAUUGCUACAACUGUUGAACAUCAAAUUAGAGUUCGAAAUUUUUUACGUAUGGUGGAACAUAUGCUACAAAAAUUAUGUUUGAUCGAAUUAACAGGAUGUACAUUGAUCUUAUGUUGUUUAUCCUAUAACAUUAUGAUGGAAUGGACGAGCCAUAAUCUUGUAAUAGUUUUCAUGUACAGUAUUGCAUUAUCAUCGAUCAUAUGUAACAUAUUUAUGUUUUGUUAUAUCGGUGAACAACUGACGUUUCAGGCGGAAAAUGUAGCAAAAACGUGUCGUACGUUGGAUUGGUAUAAUUUACCUAAAAAUAAAUCAGCAGGUGUUAUAUUGAUGACAGCAAUAUCGAAUCGUCCAAUGAGAAUCACAGCUGGUAACAUAGUCGGACUUUCCCUGCAAACUUUUGGUAACGUUAUCAAAACUGCUGCAACAUAUUGCAACAUGUUACGUGCAGUUACAACGUAAAUUUUGGAUACACUCU